AGCAUUUCACGUUCAGACAUUCACACUCAUUCAUUUUGUUUUCCGGGAACAUUUUAAAUUCUAGCGACGUUCUGUUGAUAUUAUUUCUAGUUUGAUCCUUGCACCCCUUUUCUCGGAAACAUUGUUAGCAUACAGCAUUUCCGUUCCUUUUCGGCGUGACACCAUUAAAUGACUCCACAUUGACAUGGCGUGUUUUUGUUAAUUUUUAGAGACGUCUGCGGUUUUUUUUAAAUAAUGGUGUGUGCUGUUACUAAUGAUGAUGUGAACCACGCUCGCUGAUUAACUCUUCGCCGAAUAAUUUUCACGGCCCUGAGUCUCGCUCCUUCCUUUUUACUUCUUUUUGCUGGUGGAACUGAAGAUAGAGGUUGAAUAGGACUGUGAGGAAGAAUAACCUGGAUGGACCAUGAACUACAGCAACAUUAUUUUUGACAUUCUCCAAUUAAAAUGAUACAACAAACCACAGAAUGGAGACAACCAAAAAUGUGAAGCGUUUAUUUGUUGGGGGACUGCAUCACAUGGUCUCUGAAAAUGAAAUUAAAGAAAGAUUUAGCACAUUUGGUGCUGUGACAGAUGUGGAUCUUGUGUUCAGGAAAGACAAUGAAGGUAAUCCUGUAAAGACCUUUGGUUACAUUAAUAUCAAUACCUCAGAAACAGAAUUAAAGCGAUGUAUUUCGAUGCUGAAUAAAUCAAAAUGGAAAGGUGAAACACUGCAAGUUGAAUUAGCCAAAGAAUGCUUUUUGCAUAAGCUUGCUCAAGAGCGACAGGUUGCAGCUAAAAAUCAGUUCAAACCACAAGUUAGCAGCAUCAAGAAAGUGCUAGAGUCGCUGAAGAAAGCUGGUGUUGAAAACUUCAACAUCAGGUCUGCUGUACCAGGAACAGAAGUACCUGAGCAUAAGGACUGGAUUGUGAGUAAAUUUGGAAGAGUGUUACCCAUCCUUCACCUGCGACAAAAGGGUCAAAAGAAAAUAUCCUUUUUUAAUAAUAAAGAUGUAACAAAGGUUGUUGGAGAAAAUACUUUAAAAGCUAAUGUUAGAAAUAAAGAGAAACAAUUAGAAAAUUAUCAUGAGGUUCUGGAAUUCAGUGUUUUGCGUGACUUUUCUGUUGUUCAGACAGCUCUUAAACCAAGCACUAAAAUUUCAAAUUUACUUUUCCUCUUCCAGGCAAGGUGGUUAAGUGUAAAAUGUUUCAAUGUUUCUCUAGUCGUUUACACUGACCUUUCUAUCAAGAAAGGGAUCACCACCUAGACCAGCCAUAUCGUACUUUGCGUAGAGAAUUGAUUUGUGUAGGGGUGUUCAUUACCUUAGACAUCAUAAGGCAUUUUGCAACCAAUGAAUUACUUAUGAUGUGUACAUUCUCCACUGGUUGUUACCUAUUACUUUGGAACAUGGUUGUGGUUUUUAGAGGCCAAUAAACGUGGUCCCUGAGCAUCAAUCCAGCUGCUCUUACAGAGACAAUGUUCCAGACCCCACCAUCCUUAGCUACGUCGUCAAUGACCUUCCCUCCACCAACAGGUCAGAAGUGAGCAUUCUCACUGAUAAUUGCACAAUGUUAAGCCUGUUCAUGUUAGAGGUGAUUCAGAGGAGAUGUACUGAAUUGAUACCUGAAACAAGCAUGAUAUCGUAUCACUAAAAUGUUCUAUUAGGAUAGUUUUUGCAGGAAUGCUGAGCAGUGACUACCCCUGACAAGAAUUGGAAAGGGUGCAAAAAAGAUUCACAAGGAUGUUACUGAGACUGGAGGGCUUGAGUUAUAAGGAGAGGUUGGAUAGGUUUUUGUGCUUCAGUCUUUAGAGUGGAACUUGAGCCCACAGCCAAUUGACUCAAGGUGAGAUCAAUGCCAUCAAGUUACCUUUGAUACCAUUGAGUACAUUUCCAA